AUGGAUCUCUGCAGAUCUCCUUUGCUCAAGAAUAAGUAUUCCGUUGCCCACCUAAUGGAGGAAUUUUUCUGGAUUGGCGGGAGCAUUGUGGCUACUUCCAAAUGGAGAAUGGGCCUGAUAGUGGAAAGAUGUAUGAGCUCCAUGCAAGCAGGGACUCAGAUGAUCAAACUCCGGGGCAGUUCCAAAGGCCUCGUUCGUUUCUACUACCUGGACGAGCACAAGUCUUGCAUUCGCUGGAGGCCCUCCCGGAAGAACGAGAAAGCCAAAAUCUCUAUAGAUUCGAUCCAGGAGGUGUGUGAGGGAAAACAGUCCGAGAUCUUCCAGCGCUACGCAGAUGGCAGUUUUGACCCCAACUGUUGCUUCAGCAUCUACUACGGAGACCACAUGGAGUCCCUCGACCUGGUCUCGUCCACCGGGGAAGAGGCUCGGACGUGGAUCACGGGCCUCAAGUACCUGAUGGCUGGAAUCAGUGACGAAGACAGCCUGUCGAAAAGGCAGAGGACGAGAGACCAGUGGUUGAAGCAAACCUUUGACGAGGCGGACAAAAACGGCGACGGCAGCCUGAGCAUCAACGAAGUUCUCCAGCUGAUGCACAAGCUGAACGUCAACCUGCCCCGGCAGAAGGUCAAGCAGAUGUUCAAGGAGGCAGAUACGGAUGACAACCAAGGGACUCUCGACUUCGACGAGUUCUGUGCCUUCUACAAGAUGAUGUCGACGCGGCGGGACCUCUACCUGCUCAUGCUCAGCUACAGCAACCACAAGGACUACCUGGAUAUCAAUGACCUAAAACGCUUCCUUGAAGUGGAGCAAAAGAUGAAUAAUGUGACCAGGGAACACUGCCUGGAAAUUAUCAAUCAAUUCGAACCAUGUCCAGAAAGCAAGCAUCAAGGAGCCCUCGGGAUUGACGGGUUCACCAACUAUAUGCGCAGCCCAGCAGGGGAUAUUUUCAACCCAGAGCACAACCAAGUAAACCAAGACAUGACUCGUCCUCUGAGCCAUUACUUCAUCACCUCUUCUCAUAACACCUACCUCAUGGGCGACCAGCUGAUGUCUCAGUCCAGAGUCGAUAUGUAUGCUUGGGUUCUGCAGUCUGGAUGCCGGUGUGUGGAAGUUGACUGUUGGGACGGGCCAGAUGGAGAACCAAUCGUCCACCAUGGCUACACUCUGACCUCCAAGAUCCUCUUUAAAGAUGUGAUUGAAACCAUCAACAAAUAUGCCUUCAUCAAGAGCGAAUACCCAGUCAUCUUGUCCAUUGAGAACCACUGCAGUGUUGCCCAGCAGAAAAAGAUGGCUCAGUAUCUGACCGAAAUUCUGGGGGACAAGCUGGACCUGUCUUCGGUCGUCACUGAGGAUCUCACUAAAUUGCCUUCCCCGGAGAGCCUGAAAGGGAAAAUAUUAGUCAAGGGGAAGAAACUUCCAGCCAACAUUAGUGAAGAUGCAGAGGAAGGCGAAGUGUCAGAUGAGGACAGCGCUGAUGAGAUGGAAGACGACUGUAAACUGAUGAAUGGAGAUGCUUCUUCCAAUCGGAAGCGAGUGGAGAACAUUGCGAAGAAGAAACUGGACUCUCUGAUCAAGGAAUCCAAAAUCCGUGACUGUGAAGACCCAAACAAUUUCGCAGUCACCACUCUUCCACCAUCUGGGAAGCCCGGCCCCAAGCAUGAUCUCAAGAAGAACAAACACGAGGAAGAUGUGGAAUCCGGGGAAGAUUUGGUCAUCAGCAAACGCCACAACCGGUCACUGAUGGGCAGCUUUUCCAAACGCAAGAAAAAAGGCAGCAAACUCAAAAGAACACCGAGCGUGGAAGAGGGUGAAGAUGAACUUGACUGUCAAGGACAUUUAGGCAGGGCCUCGGUGCAUUACAGCAAGACGAACCGGCAGAAGAAAACAAUGAAGUUAUCUCGCGCACUCUCAGACCUCGUGAAGUACACCAAAUCCGUUGGGAUCCACGAUGUGGAAUCUGAAAUCUCCUCCAGUUGGCAGGUUUCAUCUUUCAGCGAGACAAAAGCUCAUCAGAUCAUCCAGCAGAAGCCGGCCCAGUAUCUGCGCUUCAACCAGCACCAGCUCUCCCGGAUCUAUCCCUCCUCCUACCGCGUGGACUCAAGCAAUUACAACCCUCAGCCUUUCUGGAAUGCCGGCUGCCAGCUGGUUGCGCUAAACUACCAGUCGGAAGGGCGGAUGCUUCAGUUGAACCGCGCCAAGUUCAGUGCCAACGGGAAUUGUGGCUAUGUCCUCAAGCCGAAGUGCAUGUGUCAAGGCGUCUUCAACCCAAAUUCUGAAGAUCCUCUGCUCGGCCAGAUGAAGAAGCAGCUUGUCUUAAGAAUAAUCAGUGGUCAACAGCUCCCAAAGCCCCGCGAUUCCAUGCUUGGAGACAGAGGAGAGAUUAUAGAUCCAUUUGUGGAAGUGGAGAUCAUUGGCUUGCCCGUGGACUGCUGCAAAGAGCAGACCAGGGUCGUGGACGACAACGGUUUUAAUCCAAUGUGGGAAGAAACUCUGGUGUUCUCCCUGUGCAUGCCAGAGAUUGCGUUGGUGCGGUUCCUGGUGUGGGACCAUGAUCCUAUUGGGCGAGAUUUUAUCGGACAGAGGACAAUCGCGUUUACAAGCAUGGUGCCAGGCUAUCGGCACGUCUACCUGGAGGGCAUGGAAGAGGCGUCCGUCUUUGUUCAUGUAGCUAUCAAUGACAUAUGUGGUAAGGUCAAGCAAGCUCUGGGCAUAAAAGGUCUAUUUCUCAGAAAUCCAAAGCAGGCCUCUCUCGACAGUCAUGCUGCUGGUCAGUUCAAUCGCAAACACUCCUUUAGCAGCCACAUUUUACGGCGAACGGCCAGCGCACCCACCAAGAGCCAGAAGAAACCCAAGAAGGGCUUCCCUGAGAUUGCCAUCGACACCAAAGACAACAGUUCUGAAGGGGCCAGUGAAGACCGUGAAGCUGAAGACUCCUCCCACCCUCGUUUUGAUCAAGAGCCGGAGUGCGCAUCUCCAGCACCGCCUCUUCGAGAAGAGGCCAACAGAGAGGUUCAAGGGAAGGGGUUGAAAGGUAAGGCCCAAAGUUUUGGCAAGGGUAAAAUCAGCCAAACCCGUGCGCCCAGGGAGGCGACAUUCAGCGAGCCCAUCCAGAAGUCCAACAGGGUCCGCCUCCAGGAGCCGCCAGACGAGAAGCAGGGGGUCUUUGCCCGCUGUGCCAUCAACGGAUCGGGUAGGAUUGGCAUGGCCACCAACUGCAUGAAAUGCAUGAUCGGCUCAAACGAGAGCCCUGAUCUGGAGUGCAAGUGGGGGGACCACUCCGCUGCUAGGCCCCUCUCCGGCGACACUCCACACCGCAACCAGUAUAGUAGCCUAACAGGAGACGAGGAGAGAUUAGAGCUCAAAAACUGGGGGAUCCAAGAGCAGCCUCGGCCGCGGUCAGAUCUGCAGCUCGGUGGUGGCUACGGGACUGCUGGGGACCUACCCAGGACCUGCCAGCCCUUUGCGACCUCGGGAAAGAAAAAUGGUGACUCUAAAUGUCCCGGGGUGAAAGGUCAUUCUCGGCAAAGGUGGCAGGGCCAGCCCGGUGGCAAAUACGGAAGCACCGUCAACUUGGUGACUACCAGCAAUGGCUCAAUAUCCUCCGACUCCAGCAGCCUGGAGAGCCUGGGAAGCCCUGAAUUCCCCACAUGCAGGCCCAAGAGCUCCAGGAAGCAGGCGGGCACCCUUCAGAGGGAAAUGAAUGCCUUGUUUGCUGAAAAACUGGAGGAAAUUCGCAGUAAUUCCCCUAUAUUCUUUACUGAUGUCCGCCAAUUCUCAAUGCAGAGGUCAACUACUUCGUUAUGCAGCCUGGAGACUAUCACCGAAGAACCCUUUAUUGCCAAUGAAAGCCAGCCUGCUGGUUUUCACUUCCCUCUGCCUGCCACCCCUGCCAGUGAUCCCAAUGAAGGGUCUGUGCCUAAUCACUCCCGCAAAGACAGAUCAGAAAGAGGCAGCCCAUCGGAGGAGUCUGAGAAAGCUCCACGUAUGCAGCGCAUGGUGGCAGUUUCAGAGGAAAAAAGGCCUCUCACUCCCAACACAGCCGUUGUCAGCAUGUCACAACAGGGAGACGUCCAGAUAAACAGCCAGGAAGAAAACUGCUGGGGAAAUGUUCAUAGCGGUGGGAUCUGGCCCGGCUUGCAAACUCAGGACAACUCCGCAUUGGCCUACAGGUGGCCCCAUUCUGCUGGAAGUUUCCUGAAGCAAAGAGAGAGCACCGAGAGAACCGUGGACAGCGCCAAAGCUGUGCCACCACACCAAAGCAGCACCUCACCAACUUCCCCUCGUGAAUCUCCCCCAGUAACUCAAUCUGCCACUGUCCCCAUGUCUCAUGUGAUAGUAAGGCGGUCCAAGAGUGAAGGUCACAAACUUUGUGACUGCCCGAGGCAUCCUGGUGGUUUCUCUCCGGCAGCUGAAGUGUACUCUGACGCCACAGUCAACGACCGUAUCUGGAGCAAACUAGACUCCAGCAGCCACCGGGAUAGUAUGUCUUCCUCGUCGAGCAUGUCCUCCAACGACACAGUCAUAGAUCUCUCCUUGCCCAACCUCGCUCGAAAAAGCCUCCCGGAUCUAGGUGUCCAGCAUGAGAAUUUCGACAUCGUCGCUGAGAGAAGAGCAGUGCGCCCGUGGUCUGCUAAUGCUGCCUCUGGGCGGGAAAUGGCCAUGGUGACAAAGAGCAAAUCCAACCCCAACUUGAGGUCAGGCCAACCGACGGAAGAUGAGCUACGCCCUAGACCCCUAACCAGGGACCCUGAGGUUGGUUUGUUGUCCAUUCCCAGAAGGCACACCUGGAGUAGGCUGUACAUGGAUAGUCUCAGACAGUCGUGUCUGAAGUCCAAAGAUCCUGAGAAAGCAGAGUCCAACCAGGCCAAAUCCAAAAGCCUCGGAGAUCUUACCUCAGAUGACAUCUCAUGCACCUUCGAGAGCAAGUACCGCAGCAUCAGCCGGAGCUUCGUCACCUGUUCCAUGAGGGAACAGCGCCGCUGCGCGGCUGCCCGGUCCUCCACUAAGCCCCCCGACGAGCUAACGGAACGCUUGAAGAAGCUGACCACCUUCCAGCUGCAGGAUGAUAUCACUUCUCCCACUAGCCUCGAGGCAGUCGAAUCCGAGGAGGAAGAUGAAGGGAUGGGCCUCCUCCGAAGGUCCUCGUCUCGGAGCCAGAGCAGGGUGCGGUACAUCGCCAACCGGGCCAAGCAGGCGCAAGAGAGGCAGCGGCUGAAAAACUUGGCUCUGGUCAACGGGAGUCCCAUCGAGGAGAGGGGUAACCCCGAAGGUGCCUGCAGCUUUGCGAGAGGGGCCUGUAUGGACACGGCUUCCCCCGGACUGUUUACACCCCCGCUCAAGAAUCAAACUGACUUGAGCACUGAGGCCGUCUUUAUGUUCAAACUCUAACGCUGGGAAGGGCUGAAUGAGGUCGAUGUUUACAUUCAUGUCCAAGCAAA